AUGCCUGUUAUGGCAUACUCUACGUCGGGCGAGGAGAGCAAGGCUGAUGAGGUUGGGGCUGAUGAGGUUGGGGCUGACGACCUUGCCCAAGUCAUUGACGUCCUCGGCUCGGACGACUUGCCGCACGCCCCGCUGCCGAGCUACGACUUGUCUGAUCCGCUCGGGGCUCUCGAGCCGGAGCUGCCCCCGCUGGAUGAUCUGUGGCAGGAGCAUGUGCUGGCGGCCAACGCCAAGAAGGCCACAGAGAUGACUGCCCACGAGUCGGAGCAGCUGGAGCGGCGCAAGGCCAAGACGCUCGAUGCGCUCGGCCGGGCGUACGGGACCGGUCGUCGCAAGACCUCGAUCGCCCGGGUUUGGGUCGAGCCUGUUGCCCAUCCGGCCGCCCCGCAGCCUGCAGACGUGCUGGUGGUCAACUCGAAGCCGCUGGCCGACUACUUUCCGGCCAUGCAUCACCGCAACCACGUCAUCGAGCCGCUGAGGCUGCUGGGCAAGCUGGGAGCCUUCAAGAUCCGCGCCACCGUCAAGGGCGGUGGCCACACCGGCCAGGCCGGCGCCCUUCGCCUCGGCAUCUGCCGCGCUCUCGAGAUUGUCGACCCCGCGUUCCGCAAGCCGCUCAAGGCCGCCGGCAUGAUGACCCGUGACCCGCGCAUGGUCGAGCGCAAGCUUGCCGGCCUCCGCAAGGCCCGCAGAGCCCCGCAGUGGGUCAAGCGCUGA